AUGUCCGUAGUGGAGCUGCUGGGCGCGCUGGAUGCGAUUGCGCUGGAGAAUCUGCGGGAUAAGCUACUGGCUGCCUCUGUAGACGCCCACACCUUACCGACCGAGCUGAGGGACGUAGCUAGACUAGCAGAAGCCCUGCCCAUCGUCGAUUAUCCGCUGUUGCGCGAUGUAACCCGCGUCGUCAAAGCUCUAAGUCGCGCGGUUAUCAAUUAUGUCGCAGCGGUUGCUGCGGAUAAGGAUAAUGUGACAGCGUGCAUGGUAUUAGACGAUCAUCUGCUGCCAAUUUUGCGUGUCCUGGGCGCAUUUGUGAAUCGUAUGAGACUCCAAAAGCUGCUGGAGGACAGAGAGCUGCAUCGGUGGCUGCCAUUCGUCCUGACAGCCUGCAUCUUCGUGAACGGGGCAGAGCUUCCAGGUGCUGAUCUAAUGCAGAGUGUCGUAGCAGCUGAGGAGACUUUAAACGCGGCUGUGGAGCUCACAAAAGCUAAAGAUCGAGAGAGUUUGGUGGCAAAAUACGUCGCGGAGAUCGUGGCGCUGUGCUCGCAAGACGUGGACAAAGAACAGUGGGUGGCGGUGUCAUCCGUGAACAAGAGAAUCAUGUUGCAAGUGGUGGAACAAGUGCCGUUCCCGCAUCUAGGUGGGGAUCUACUUGGCCGUCUGCUAGCGCUCACGUUUCCGCUGGUGGACGACCUGACUGACGCCACGCAGCUUGUGGGUGCACGGAUGUUGCGUCAUAUCGUGAAGAACGUCACGCCAACGGAGCUGCGCUGGUACUCGGAUGUUCUACUGGAGGUGUUGCGUACAGCCAUUGUAACGCGCAAGCCAGAUACGCUAAACGUGCUGCUUGAGUGUCUCAUGGAGUCGCUGGACCGAGUGUCUCCUCCUGGUGAGCUCAAACACUACGACCGAUUUAUACCGCGUUUGCUCAGCGACACAAGUUUGUGUAGUGAUGUUGCAGUUCGAGUAAUCUUCGUCCGACAUCUGCGCGUUCUUGUGGUCCGACAAGGCGCCCCGCAUAGUCUGAACAUCAUUCGCUACUUGCAACCACUGCUGAAGGUGUUGGUCGCGGGGUUCGAGAGCGUCAAUGUUGCGCUACUGUUGGCGACGUUGGAGGCUCUACAGGCUACUGUGCUGGCUGCGUGGCCCCGUAUUGCAUCGCACACUGAAGAGAUUAUGGUUGGGGUUCUACGUGCUGUGGCUUUCUGCGAGUUGUUCGAUGAAGGUGCAGAAUUCACGCCAUCGUCAGAAAACAAGAAGCAGAUCCUCGCACUUUGCGAAGACGUCUUGGACCUCUUGCAUCAAGUCAAUGCAGACAACUCUGCUGUCAGUGAGAUGCUAGCUACGGUGGCUGGCCAAAGUCCCAAACUGUCGCCAUUCUGCAAUCUUAUGCGAGAGAAAUGGACGUCUCGGUAG